CUGUAUUGCGCUCGAUGCCCCGAGCGUACUUUCGUAUAUAGAGGGGCCGCCGUCCUCGCCUUCCCUUGGCCUCGACCAACCGGCACAAUUCGUGCAGCACCGAGAGCUAACGCUUCGCUCCGGCGUCGCGACCAUGGCCAAGGCUGGCGUGCAUGGAUGUAUAUGCGUGCUCUACGAACCACUAGCGGACGAACCCUUCUUCCCACGCCGGACUCUCGAGGUCGCCUCCUCGGGCGCUUCCUCGCAUAGCCUCCGCACAGGGCCUCGCCAGGCAUGGCUUCCUCGCAAGGCCUCGCCAGGCAUGGCCUCUUCGCAUGGCCUCCGUACAUGGGCUCAUCCCAUGCCCUCCUUCCAUCGGCUCCUCGCCGGCCCUCCUCGCAGGGCCUUCUCGCGUCGCCAGUGCUGGGUGGAGCAAAACGCAAAUGGCGGCAAGUGGCAAAACCUCUGGAAAUGCGUGGGAUAUCAACUCUGAGAGGUUAACCGGCCGUUUGUGUGGUGCGAGCUCAUUCCGGAAUUGGCAUCGGAAGGAUGAGCACGACGCAGUUCUCGUACUCGUCCGCGCGCCUGCGCCGGGUCGAGUACCUCCAGUUCGGGGUCUUCUCGCCCGAGGAGGUCCGCGCCAUGAGCGUGACCAAGCAGAUCAAGGUCAACGAGCGCAUCAUCCCCGAUGGCAUCACGCGGCCCGAGACCUUCAUCAAUGGCCAGCCGGUCAUCGGCGGGAUUGGCGACCCGCGCAUGGGCACGUGCGACUUCCGCGCGCGCUGCAAGACGUGCGACUGCACGUACAGCGGCAGCGGCGCCAAGGUCAACGACUGCCCGGGCCACUUUGGCCACAUUGAGCUCGCGCGGCCCAUGUUCCACGUGGGCUUUAUCAAGGUCUGCAAGCAGAUUCUGAGCUGCAUCUGUUUCCACUGCUCCAAAGUGCUCAGCGACGAGCGCGACCACCGAUUCCGCGCGGCCAUGCGCAUCAAGAACGGCCAGCGCCGCCUCAAGGCCGUCUACGAGAUUUGCAAAAACAAGUCGAUGUGCGAGUACGGCGAGGAAGAGGACAUGAAGAAGAUGCGCGACGACCUCAACAUUGGUCUCCAGGGCGGUCUCCAGAACGAGCACGCGCCCAAGGAAGGCGGCCACGGCGGCUGCGGCGGUCUCCAGCCCAAGUACCGCCAGGUCGGCAUCAACCUCCAAGUCGAAUUUCCCGAGCAGAUGGAAGACGUGCCGGGGUCGGGCGACCGCAAGCAGAACCUCCCCGCUGCCAAGGUGCUCUCGAUCUUCAAGAACAUCACGGACGAAGGCUGCAUCGCGCUCGGCUUUGACCCGAAGUGGGCCCGCCCCGACUGGCUCGUCCUCACGGUCAUCCCCGUGCCGCCGCCGCAUGUGCGCCCGUCCGUCGCGAUUGACGGCCAAGCGCGUGGCGAAGACGAUCUGACGCACAACUUGGCGUCGAUCGUCAAGGCGAACCUCGCGCUGCUCAACUGCGUCAAGAAGGGCGAGCCGUCGCACAUCAUCUCGCAGUUUGAGCAGCUCCUGCAGUUCAACCUCUCGACAUUUGUCAACAACGAGCAGCCGGGGCUGCCGCAAGCGCAGCAGAAGAGCGGGAAGCCGCUCAAGACGAUGCGCCAGCGCCUCCGCGGCAAGGAAGGGCGCAUUCGCGGCAACCUCAUGGGGAAGCGCGUCGACUUUUCCGCGCGUACGGUCAUCACGGCCGACCCCAACUUGGCAAUCGACCAAGUCGGCGUGCCGCGCUCGAUCGCAAUGAACUUGACGGUGCCGGAGCGCGUGACGCCGUUCAACAUGAAGCUCAUGCACGAGCUCAUCGCCAAGGGCCCGCUCGAGCACCCGGGUGCCAAGUACAUUAUCCGCGAGGACGGCAACCGCAUCGAUCUGCGCUACAUCAAGAGUAAGAGCGACCUCGCGCUCAAGUGCGGCUGGAUCGUCGAGCGGCAUCUGCGCGACGACGACUACGUGCUCUUCAACCGGCAGCCGAGUUUGCACAAGAUGAGUAUCAUGGCGCAUCGCGUCAAGGUGCUCGACUGGUCGACGUUCCGGCUCAAUAUCUCGGUCACGACGCCGUACAACGCCGACUUUGACGGCGAUGAGAUGAACUUGCACGUGCCCCAGAGCAUGACGGCCCGCGCUGAGGCGCAGGAGCUCAUGAUCGUACACAAGAACAUCAUUACGCCGCAGCGCAACUCGCCGGUCAUGGGUAUCGUGCAAGACUCGCUGCUCGGCGUUCAGAAGUUUACAAAGCGCAACAUCUUUAUCGAGAAGGACCUCGUCAUGAACCUCCUCAUGUGGGUGGGCACGUGGGAUGGCCGCGUCCCGACGCCGGCGAUUCUCAUCCCGAACAAGAAGCACGUGGGCCAGUACCGCCCGCUCUGGACGGGCAAGCAGAUGUUUUCGACGAUCUGCCCCAACAUCAACUUUAUCGCGGUCUGCUCAACGCACCAGUCGGACUCGAACAAGCGCGACUACGACCUGCCGUUCCACCGCAAGGUGAGUCCGCGCGACACGCACGUGAUCGUCCAGAACGGCGAGCUCCUCGCCGGUAUCAUUGACAAGAAGAACAUUGGUACGGGCGCCGGCGGCCUCAUCCACAACACGGUGCUCGAGCUCGGCCACGACGAGGCCAAGCGGUUCCUUGGUGCGACCCAGCGUCUCGUCAACUGCUGGCUCGUCGCACACUCGUUCACGGUCGGCAUUUGCGACACGAUCGCCGACGUCAAGACGCUCAAGCAGAUUGUCGACAUCAUCACGAACGCCAAGAUCCAAGUGUCGGACCUCGUGCUCUCGGGGCAGAAGGGCAACCUCGAGCUCCAGCCCGGUCGGACGAUGAUCGAGACGUUUGAGCAGUUUGUCAACAAGGUGCUCAACUCGGCGCGUGAUCAGUCGGGUCGCGAGGCCCAGGACUCGCUCGACGAGACCAACAACAUCAAGGCGACUGUCACGUCGGGCUCCAAGGGCUCGUACCUCAACAUUUCGCAGAUUAUUGCGUGCGUCGGGCAGCAAAACGUCGAAGGCAAGCGCAUUCCGUACGGCUUCAACCACCGCACGCUGCCGCACUACGGCAAGGACGAUCUCGGGCCCGAGUCGCGAGGCUUUGUCGAAAACUCGUACCUCAAGGGCCUCACGCCGCAAGAAUUCUUCUUCCACGCGAUGGGUGGUCGUGAAGGUCUCAUUGAUACGGCCGUCAAGACGGCCGAGACGGGGUACAUCCAACGUCGUCUCGUCAAGGCCAUGGAGAGCGUCAUGUCGCGCUACGACGGCACGGUGCGCAACUCGCAGGGCGAGAUCAUCCAGUUUUUGUACGGCGAGGACGGCAUGGACGCGGUCUGGGUCGAGAAGCAGUCGUUUGACGCGCACAAGCUGCCGCCGGCGCAGUUCAAUGCCAAGUACCAGCUCAAGCCGGAGGACCCGCUCUUGGGCUGCGUGCCGCACUGCCCGGAAGAGCUCUACAUGGACCCGCUCAUCAUUUCCGACAUCCAGACCAACCCGCACACGCAGCAGCUGCUGCGCGAAGAGUACGCGCAGCUCGGCGUGGACCGGGCCAAGCUCCGGCUCAUUCUGGCGUCGCGCGGGCCGGGCCAAGAGUCGGACAACGUGGUGCAAGUGCCGGUCAACAUCAAGCGCCUCGUGCAGAACGCGCAGCAGCUCUUUAGCAUUUCGACGUUGCAGCCGAGCACGCUGCACCCACGCCACAUCAUUGAGGGCGUCCGCGAGCUCUGCUCGUCGAUCGUGGUCGUCAAGGGCGACGACCCGCUGAGCAUGGAAGCGCAGGAGAACGCGACGCUGCUGUUCCAGAUCCUCGUGCGCUCGACGCUCGCAGUCAAGCGCGUGCUCCUCGAGUUCCGUCUCAACGACUCGGCGUUCGAGUGGCUCAUGGGCGAGAUCAAGAGCAAGUUCCUCGCGUCGCUUGUCGCGGCCGGCGAGAUGGCGGGCGUCGUCGCCGCGCAGUCGAUCGGCGAGCCCGCGACGCAGAUGACGCUCAACACGUUCCACUACGCCGGUGUGUCGGCGAAGAACGUGACGCUCGGUGUGCCGCGCCUCAAGGAAAUUAUCAACAUUGCCAAGGACGUCAAGACGCCGUCGAUCCAGAUCUACCUCAGCGGCGACUACCAGGAGGACGCGGAGAAGGCCAAGUCGCUCCAGGCGCUGCUCGAGUACACGACGCUCAUGGACGUGACGGCCAACACGGCCAUCUACUAUGACCCGGACCCGACGUCGACGGUCGUCGAAGAGGACCAGGAGUUUGUCGCAAGCUACUACGACGUGAUUGACGAGGACACGCCGAUCGCGCGCUCGCCGUGGCUUCUGCGUAUCGAGCUCAACCGCAAGAUGAUGGCCGACAAGAACCUCGAGAUGAAGGAGAUUGCGGCGCAGAUCGAGUCCGAGUACGGCCAGGAUCUGAGCUGCAUCUACACGGAUGAUAACGCCGACAAGCUCGUGCUGCGCAUCCGCAUCAUGAGCGACGAAGAAGACAAGCUGCAGCGGUCGGGCGACUCGAGCGUCGGCCAGGAAGACGACACGUUCCUCAAGCGCGUCGAGCACAACAUGCUGACGCAGAUGAAGCUGCGCGGUGUGCCCAAGAUCAAGAAGGUCUUCAUGCGCGAGAACCAAAUGACCAAGUGGGACGAGGAGAAGGGCUUUGUCAUGAAGAAGGAGUGGAUCCUGGAUACGGACGGCACGAACCUCCUCGAUGUGAUCUGCUUUGAGAACAUUGACGCGACGCGCACCAUCUCGAACGACAUUGUCGAGAUCAUCGAGGUGCUCGGUAUCGAGGCCGUGCGCCGCGCGCUGCUCAACGAAAUCCGCGCCGUCAUUUCGUUCGAUGGCGCGUACGUCAAUUACCGUCAUUUGGCCUGCCUUGCUGACGUCAUGACGUUCCGCGGCCACCUCAUGGCCGUGACGCGCCACGGUAUCAACCGCGUCGACUCGGGCCCGCUCGUGCGCUGCUCCUUUGAGGAGACGGUCGAGAUUCUCAUGGACGCAGCCAUGUUCAGCCAAGGCGACGAGCUGGCGGGCGUGACGGAGAACAUUAUGCUCGGCCAGCUCGCGCACCUCGGCACGGGCGUCAUGGACCUCAUCUUGGACGCCAAGAAGCUCGCGGACGCGAUCGAGUACGACGCCUCGGAGAUGCAGCAGGUCAUGCACGGCUUUGCGAAGGAGUGGACGACGCCGGACGUCAACACGCCCAUGAUGACGCCGUGGGGGCAGACGCCCAUGUAUGGCACGCCCGGCUACAACACGCCCGGCUUCCAGACGCCCGGCAGCGUGGCGGGGUCGCCGUCGGCCAGCCCCAUGGGUGCGUUCUCGCCGUUUGCGCCCUUCUCGCCGUCCAACCCGAGCUCGCCGGGCUACAUGGCCAGCCCUGCGUACGUGCCCAACAGCCCCGGCCUCAACCCGACGUCACCCAACUACAGUCCGACGUCGCCGGCGUACUCGCCGACCUCGCCGGCAUACUCGCCCACGUCGCCAGCCUACUCGCCCACGUCGCCAGCCUACUCGCCCACGUCGCCAGCCUACUCGCCCACGUCGCCUGCGUACUCGCCCACGUCGCCUGCUUAUUCGCCGACCUCGCCUGCUUACUCGCCUACGUCGCCGGCAUAUUCGCCCACGUCGCCAGCGUACAGUCCGACGUCCCCAGCGUACUCGCCCACGUCGCCUGCCUACAGCCCGACCUCGCCGGCGUACUCGCCAACCUCGCCUGCGUACUCGCCGACCUCGCCUGCUUACUCGCCUACGUCGCCUGCUUACUCGCCGACCUCGCCAGCCUAUUCGCCUACGUCGCCUGCCUACAGCCCGACGUCGCCUGCUUACUCGCCCACGUCGCCUGCAUACUCGCCGACCUCGCCAGCGUACAGCCCGACGUCGCCGGCCUAUUCGCCUACGUCGCCUGCGUACUCGCCCACGUCGCCUGCUUACUCGCCGACGUCCCCGGCCUAUUCGCCGACGUCCCCGGCGUACUCGCCCACGUCGCCUGCCUACAGCCCGACGUCGCCAGCGUACAGCCCGACGUCCCCGGCCUAUUCGCCCACGUCGCCUGCGUAUUCGCCGGCGUCGCCCGAGUACAACCCGACGGAAGGCUACAACCCGACGGACCCCAAGUACAGUCCGACCGAGGAUUGAACGUAGAGGCCCGAAGCGUAGCGAU